UCUGCGCUGUGGAGCAGCAGCCACUCAGUCCGAUACUGAAGGACACAGAGAGAGGAGAGACUUUCACAGCAGCCAACAGACGAGGAGGAUCUUUAAAAAAGGAGGAAAAAUAAGAAAAAGAAAAGCAUUUGUUCUUGUUUUUUUCUUCUCUCUCUCUCUCCCUCUCUCUCUGUCUGUGUUAUUUGACCGGUUGGAUAAAAAGAACCAACAGCAGCAGGAGGUGAAGCAGAAGAAGAACCAGGAGGAGGAGGAGGAGGUGUCGGAGGUCCCUGUGAUCAUUUCUCCUCUCGCACCAUCAGCCCGAGGAGCCUCACGGCCGACGGUGUCAUUGCGACAGCGCUCUCAGCGAGGGAGCGUGCGCCAGCAGAGUGGCCGUGCUUGUGUGUGCUGCUGUGUGUUCUUCUUUGUGUGUGUGUGUGUGUGUGUGUGUGUGUGUUUAACCAUCAACAGCUGAAGAUUCGUCCCUCAGGUGGAUUUGGAGUAAACCUGGGAUUUUGUUGCUUGCUGGUGUUUUGUCUGUUGCACCUCCUUUUUUUUUUUUUCCCCCCUCCUGCUCCCUCUUCCUUCCUCCUCCGGUGCAGAGGUGUGUGCCGGCGCUCUGCUCCCUCACUUGCUCACUCGCUCGCCGCGUGGUCGAGGGACUGCUGCUGUGCUCUGCUCUCUCUCCUCUCCACUCUUCUCCUGCCUCGCUCCUCUCCAGCAUUCAGCCGGCUUUGCCGUAACUGUGCCGGGACUAGUUGGCGGUCUCGUUUGCUCGCUCACCCACGGACAGGAGAAGCAGAUGGGUCUCAUCAGAUCCUCCGAGUGGCCUCCACGUACAUCAUUUCCCAGACUGCAACAGGUGUGAGCCUCCCUCCAGGUGACCCAUCAUUACCCGCCUCACGCCUCUCCGCCAAUCAAUACUUUUUCCUCAGAGGUGCCAUGGCAACCACAUCUGUUCAAAGGCUCUGUGGUCCCCAGCUGCUGCAGUGAGGACACCGAGGAAGGAAAAGGUAAAGAAGAAAAGGAUUCUGGAUGUUUUUGAGCCAUAGAGGAGCGUGGGAGUUUGUGGGAGAAUUCUCCUGGAUCCUGUUUUGGUUCUGUGACGCAAAAACAAGUGUAACUGAAACAAAACUCGAGCGUUGACACAGUGGAUGUGAUGUAACUCGAAGGAACUGAACAAAACAAAACCAAAAAAAAAAAAGGACAAUUUUUUUUUUUUUUCUUUGAGAUGUCGACUCACAGGAGGUAACGCUACCAUGUAGCCACGACAACCUGCUGAAACCUCCCAGAAACUUUCUGUCCACACGAUUCAACAAGCUGUGAGCUGCUGGAUGUAUGAACGCACACACACGCGCACAUUCAUCAAACUGAAACAAACACACACUCGAUAAGCUGAGCGAGGAGUUAUAAAGUGCUAUCAGGUUAUUAUCGGCCCCGGCGCUUCCUAUUUUCGUCUUUAAUCUUUGUAGUCUGAGUAAUCAUCUUUUUAAUUAAUGGCAACGGCGGCGUGAAAUCUUCCCCGCCACCCCUCCCCACUCUCCUUUCCUGCCGCCGCCAGAGACACCUGAAACCAAUUAGCAACAGCAGAUCUAGAUGGGGGAUUAGACACAGGAAGAGCAGGAGAGAUUAGAUACAAACACAAAGAGGGGAGAAAGAAAAAGAAGAAGAAGAAAAAACAAAAAAGAAAAAACAAACAAGCGAGGAAUUAAAAAAAAAACGAAGAGCGAAGGAGGAGUUAAAAACAGACCUGUCAGUCAGGCUGGGUGAUCGAUAGGAGGGAGGAGCAGUGGGCGGGCCGGUGGGGAGGGUAUGGCGAGACCAGGGCGAUGGCACUGCACAGAUAACAACUGGUUGUGAGUCAGCAGGUGCAGUCGACUGUAAGAGCCCCGAGUCUUGACUGACAGGUGCUCCAGCUGCCCCGGGACUCAUUGUCAUUCCCUGCACCGUGCAGGUGAGCGAGGGAGGGAAGCACGGAAAGAGCGGAGAGGAGAGACUCUUGGCCAGUCGCCACCAUCAGGGCCAAUUAAGAGAAUUUGAUUAUAUGCCUUAAUCUUGGCAGUCAGGUGGAAAAGCAGACAGGAAGAGAAAGAGGAGGCAGAGCAGGUGCCUCCGACACACGCCAUUAUCUCCGUCCGUAUGUAAUUGAGUUUGUUUCUUCCCCAAUUGUGUGUUUUCUUCAUCUCGUCCGCAAAUAAGGACUGUCUUUCUGGAGAAGCUGAAGGGGUGGAGGCUCCUCGAGAAAAAAAAAGGGGGAAAACAGAGCAGGAGGAGGAGGAGGAGGAGAGGGAAGGCUCCUUUUCCUGCCUGAAAUGUUCAUUUUUCACUUCCUCGUUUGGUAGCGACAGCAAACACUUUCGGUCGAGCACCAAGCAGAUUCACCCAACCUGGAGGACAUUUUUCCUCUUCUCCCUUGUCUGUUUCACCCCAUUUUUUUUUUUUUUAAUUCUCCCACCCCCCCCCCAGACUUUUUCCUUCUCCCUUUCAAUGUGGACACUUCCUUCCUAUCUGGAAGUUUUCCUUCUGCCUUCUCACUCUCCAUAUCAAGCGUGAGAUAAAGGCGAAACGAGACAGAUAGACGGAAAAAAGAAAAAGAGGGAGAGAGCGAAACAGCAAGGGAUUGAAUCUGGAGAGGACAGAGCAGAGACUUGAUAUCCUCCAGGCUCCCGCCAACCGUCCCCAAAGCUUCACUUCCUCUUCGUGUAAAGUUCCUCUUCUCCUCUGAGCUUUUUCCCAGCUCGCCUCCUUGUGGAUCCUAUACUCCGCAGCAGUCUGUCCCGGAUCCUGCCGAGAUUAAACUGGCUUCCUUCAUCCGAGGAAAUCUUUUGAUAUCGGCUCCUGGUGUCGUCAUCUUCAUUCUGUGGCGGUACAGGCAGCCAGCAGACCAUUCUCCAUGAGGAGCAGUGGAAGAUGCCGGCUCUGCCAGCACUGCUGCUGUCGAUUUACGUCGCCGUCCUGCUGCUGACCAUGGCACCGCUCUCCUUCAGCCAGGCCAACACCCUCUCUGCCGUCCGGAUGGCGGCCAUUUUGGAUGACCAGUCAGUGUGUGGUCGUGGUGAGCGUCUGGCGCUGGCUCUGGCGAGGGAGAACAUCAACAGUCUGAUGCAGGGCUCCUCCCAGGCGAAGGUGGAGGUGGACGUCUACGAGCUGCAGAAGGACUCCCAGUACGACACCACUGACACCAUGUGUCAGAUUCUUCCAAAGGGCGUGGUCUCAGUGAUUGGACCCGCCUCCAGCCCGGCCUCCGGGUCCACCAUCAGUCACAUCUGUGGGGAAAAAGAGAUCCCUCAUGUGAAGAUCGGUCCGGAAGAAACCCCAAAGUUGCCGUACCUUCGCUUCGCCUCAGUGACGCUCUACCCGAGCAACGAGGACCUGAGUCUGGCCAUCGGAUCCAUCCUGCGCUCUUUUGGCUACCCAACGGCCAGCCUCAUCUGCGCCAAAGCAGAGUGCCUGCUGCGUUUGGAGGAGCUGGUCCGCCGCUUCCUCAUCUCCAGGGAGACGCUGUCGGUGCGGAUGCUGGACGAGAGUCUGGACCCCACCCCGCUGCUGAAGGAGAUCCGUGACGACAAAGUGGCCACCAUCAUCAUCGACGCCAACGCCUCCAUCUCCUACCACAUCCUCAGGAAGGCGAACGAGCUGGGGAUGACGUCAGCCUUCUACAAGUAUAUCCUCACCACCAUGGACUUCCCUCUGCUCCGGCUGGACGACGUGGUGGACGAUCAGUCCAACAUUGUGGGCUUCUCCAUGCUCAACAGCAGCCAUCCGUUCUACCUGGAGUUCAUCAGGAGCCUCAACCUGUCCUGGAGGGAAGGCUGCGAUAUCAGCCCGUACCCCGGCCCAGCGCUGUCGUCGGCCCUGAUGUUUGAUGCGGUUCACGUGGUGGUGAGCGCCGUGCAGGAGCUGAACCGCAGUCAGGAGAUCGGAGUGAAGCCGCUGAGCUGCACCUCCCCGCUCAUCUGGCAGCACGGAACCAGCCUCAUGAACUACCUGCGCAUGGUGGAGUACGAUGGUCUGACAGGUCACAUUGAGUUCAACAGCAAAGGCCAGAGGACCAAUUACACUCUGAAGAUCCUGGAGAAGCACCCCGGGGGCCAUAAAGAGAUUGGUACCUGGUACUCCAACAACACGUUGGCCAUGAACUCCACUUCCCUGGACCUCAACGCAUCAGAGACGCUGGCUAACAAGACACUAAUUGUCACCACAAUACUGGAAAACCCCUACGUCAUGCGUAAGUCCAACUACCAGGACUUCCAGGGUAACGACCAGUACAAGGGUUUCUGCGUGGACAUGCUCCGGGAGUUGGCCGACAUCCUGAAGUUCUCCUUCAAGAUCAAGCUGGUGGACGACGGGCUGUACGGAGCCCCGGAGCCCAACGGCAGCUGGACCGGCAUGGUGGGAGAGCUGAUCAACAGGAAAGCAGACCUGGCGGUGGCCGGCUUCACCAUCACCUCAGAGAGGGAGAAGGUGAUCGAUUUCUCCAAACCCUUCAUGACUCUGGGCAUCAGCAUUCUCUACCGAGUUCAUCUGGGUCGUAAACCAGGUUACUUCUCCUUCCUGGAUCCCUUCUCUCCGGCUGUCUGGCUCUUCAUGUUGUUGGCUUACCUCGCCGUCAGCUGCGUCCUCUUCCUUGCCGCCAGGCUCAGCCCCUAUGAAUGGUACAACCCUCACCCGUGUCUGCGGGAGCGGCGGGACAUCCUGGAGAACCAGUACACGUUGGGGAACAGCCUGUGGUUCCCAGUGGGUGGCUUCAUGCAGCAGGGCUCAGAGAUCAUGCCCCGGGCUCUGUCCACACGCUGCGUCAGCGGAGUCUGGUGGGCCUUCACCCUCAUCAUCAUCUCGUCCUACACGGCCAACUUGGCGGCGUUUCUCACCGUUCAGAGGAUGGAGGUUCCCAUCGAGUCUCCGGACGACCUGGCCGACCAAACCAACAUCCAGUACGGCACCAUCCACGGGGGCUCCACCAUGACCUUCUUCAUGAACUCGCGGUACCAGACGUACCAGAGGAUGUGGAACUACAUGUACUCCAAGCAGCCCAGCGUGUUCGUGAAGAGCACUGAAGAGGGCAUCGCCCGCGUCCUCAACUCCAAGUACGCCUUCCUGAUGGAGAGCACCAUGAACGAGUACUACCGCAGCCUCAACUGCAACCUCACGCAGAUCGGAGGACUGCUGGACACCAAAGGCUACGGUAUCGGCAUGCCUCUGGGCUCUCCGUUCAGAGACGAGAUCACUCUGGGGAUUUUACAGCUGCAGGAGAGCAACAGGCUGGAGAUCCUGAAGAGACGCUGGUGGGAGGGAGGACAGUGUCCCAAGGAGGAGGACCACCGAGCCAAAGGUCUGGGGAUGGAGAACAUCGGCGGGAUCUUCGUGGUCCUGAUCUGUGGCCUCAUCAUCGCCGUCUUCGUGGCCAUCAUGGAGUUUGUGUGGUCGACGCGUCGAACCGCCGAGACGGACGAGGUAAACCUUCACCAUCCUCCUCCUCCUCCUCCUCCUCUUCCUCUCUCGUCCUCCUCCUCCUCCUGCCCCGCCCCCGGCCUCAACCUCAGCUCAAACAGCUCAGUGUCUGUCUGUCAGGAGAUGCUGACGGAGUUUCGUAACGCCGUCUCUUGUAAGAAAAGCUCCCGCUCUCGUCGCCGCCGGCCUCUGAGCAGCACUGGGGGUGGAGUCCUGCGUCACCCGUCCCGCCUCGCUCUGGCCGCACCUCGCCCCAUCCGUCUGGUCCGAGAGAUGCGUCUCAGCAACGGCAAACUGUACAGCGGUGCCGGCCCGCUGACGGGUGGGCUUGCGGGGCUGGGAGGAGGUAUGGCAGGAGGCCCUGAUUUGGGCCCGGGGCCACAGAGGCUCCUGGAGGACCCGCUUGGCGCCAACGCCACCACCAGCACGCCUCCUCCUCCCCCUCCCCCGGCGUCAUCCCUGGUGGCUCCACCCGCCCCGCCGCGCAGCUUCCUGCAGAGCUGCAGCCAUGUGCGGAUCUGCCAGGAGUGCCGGCGGAUCCAGAGCCUGCGGCCGGCCACGCUUACGCCUCCCCCACCUCCUCCCCCUUCCUCAUCCUCCUCUGCCUCCUCCUGCUCCCGGAUCCCACCCUCAUUGGUGGCGCCAGGUCACCACCACCACCACCGCCACAACCCUCACCACCUCCACUACCACCACGGCUCCAUGUCGCUGCCUCGCCUCCCGCCACCGCCUCCCCCGAUGUCAACAGACAGAGCUGACAGUGACGGGGGAGGCGGGGGGGCAGCAAGCCCUCAGUGGGGCAAAACCAAACCAGCUCCACCACCCAGACCAAUGCCCCCUGCCAAGACGCCGACACACCCGCCAGGGGACCUACUUGGGGGGCACGACUGAGCUGCGGGACACUAACGGAGGGGUCAGUGAACUUUACAUUUUGGCCCCAACAACACAGCUGGAUCAGUCUAAACCGGUCUAUCGACAGGGGGUGGAGGGGAGGAACCAUUUUGACCCAUUUGUGGGGUCUUUCACUAAAACAAAGCCACUUUGGCUCAGUGGAUCGUACCAGAAACUUUCCUACAGGGGUGGACGGAUCAAACCACUCCGACCUGUUCGCAGGAUGAAUGAGACAUAUGUUACAUUUUGGAUGAAACCAGCUGAGGUGUCCGCUGUCUUUGGAUUGCGGGGAGUGCAGAGGAUGGACAAACAGGAAGUGGCGCCCACACUCAGUCCUCCACCUCUUGCCUCAGGCAAUCAUCACGCUCGGUGCCAAGCGAGGAGGACUCAGAGACACAGAGACAGACUCUGAAGUUUUACUGUUUGAAUACUGAACCAGGUGUUUGUACAGAAGGACACACACACACAGAGACACACACAGACACACACACACACACACACCUACACACACACACACAGACAGUAGCAGAGCAGCUGUACAGUUUUCAUGGUCAUCUGUCAAUCAUGUGGACGUCUGUGGAGGAUGUAGCUCUAACACUCUUGCUGUUUGUACAGACUCCUGCUGAGCGGUGCUCUGAAAAACAGACUCACCUCAAGUGUACGAAGCUGAGCUGGGGUAACUCUUAUUUUACAUGUAGCGUCCGAUUGACCAAAUAAAGGAUGAUGCAUGUAUUUUUGAACUUUGGACAGCGACAGACGUUUCCCCCUGUUUCCAGUCUUUAUGCUAAGCUAGGCUACCCACAUCCUGACAUAACACUGAUAUCCAUCUAAACAUCUCCCUCUCUUUUCCCAAGUGCUGAGCUAUUCUUUUAAGGUUUGAACAAAGCGAACUGUACACUGCCGCCAAAGAGCGAGGAAGCAUCUACUGCUUUGCUUUUCAAAGUAAAAGUCCUAAGAAUCCCAUAUAGCCAGAACAGCUUUGUCUAAAAAGCUAAAUCUGACAUUUAUCAUUUCCAAGGUCAUGCCAGUUUGAAUGAUACAAACAAAACAGCUAAAGCACUGGUCCAGCUCCUGCUGCUGGCCCAAAGCUGGCCCAUAGCUGGCCCAAAGCUGGCCCAGCUGUUGCUAAUUGGAGUUACCCCAAACUCAGACCAAAUCUGGCAGCCAUAUCUGGGUCGAAGCCAGGUCACAUUUGGAAAUACAGCACCACAAAUUCAGAUUAGAAAAUCUGUAAUGUACACUGACAGUGAGGGACUGUAUGAAAAUUAUAAGGGGGCGGGUUUUUUUGGCUAAAGGGAGGUGGGUCUUAAGAUUUUUUAGGAGGGCAGGGAAGCAGAUUUAUGUUUGAUUUUAGUCUUACUUUGCUAGAUUUUUUGUAGUGAAUUGUAUCAAUUUUCUUUUUCUAAUGUGCGAAUUGGAGGCUAUUGUUCCUCUCCAGACAUGUUUUAAUCUGUAAAAAAUCUCUGCUAUAAUUAAUAUUUUGUUUAACAUGGUUCUCCCGCAUAAUAAGUGAAAAGAAAGGAAAACUGGGUCUGAAGCUCAUCUACUCUUACUUCUUCAUUGAGAAAUUCUGGAUCAGGCCUUGUGCCCCACCCACCACCACCUGCUUGCUCCAGGUGUACAGGUGAAAGAGCAGAGAGUAUCAAGACGAGGAAACAUCAGAGAGACUCAGCCACAUGUUUGAGCCUCAGUCAGACCCAGAUGAGGAGUCUCUUGAGACCACAAUCAGAGACUAGCAGAUGUAUCAGAACAGUUAGCACAGUUAGCAUCUCUUAUCUGUUUAUGUUGUUUGUUAGCUUGUAACUGGCAGCGGCUGACACAGUGUUAGUGGUUGUGCUGAUGCAAACUCGUUCUCUGUACUGACAUGGUUUAUUUAGCCCCGCCCCUCAUCCCCACAAGUUGACAGGAUUGGUUCCUGAGGUUUGUGACAUAUGAAGCUGUCUGAGUCUGUAUUUAUGAGACUGUCAUUGGUUCACUGCAGUUCAAGGUGUAAAUAUUCAGUCAUGGUGCUGACUGAUUAUUUCACUCAUGAUAUGUCUUGUAUUAUAUAAAAACAUCAUAUGGAUAUUAACAAAGUUAAACAUCGAGGGAGUCUUGAGUGAAUGUGAAAUGAAGAUUUAUGUGAACAAGUUGGCGAAAUGGUUACACUGAUAUAUUCAUAUUAACUGCUAUGUUAUUUUUGAAUUUUGGGGGGGGUUGGUUUUUUAAAUAAUGAAACAUAAAAGUUCAGCCUCUCUCUCAAAUCCAGUAAUUUGCAUACAGUCCCUAAAAGAAGAACUACCUUUAGUAUAGUUUUGUAUAUUUUAGGUGAGUAUUGAAGCUGUUUUGAUCAAAGUUUUUCCAAACAGUAAGUCAGUGGAGCUCAGUCAUACAAACUACACACACACACACA